UUAAAACACUGUCGUUUUGGUCUGCUAAAAAGCCACACACACGAGACGCUCCACAGUUCAGUUGCGUUGCUCUCAGAUUCUUCCGACGAUUCAAAUUUCGACAAUGAUCAGAGACCGAAAAUCGAAAAUGGAGGAAACAAUUGAGGUGAUCGAAAUAUCACCAUCUUCAUCGGAGAAAGAGAAGAGAGUGUUUGUCAAAACGACAUUGGAGGGAGAUACCGUAACCCCAAUAAAACAAAUCCUUUGUCUCAAGAAUCCUUACGAUGUGAAACGAUUUGAAGAGACUGAGGAGUGUUUCAUUCUAGAUUAUGAUCCAUCUAAUGAUAUAUCUAAUCUUUCUGUUUCAAGAAAAGCUGAUGGUGAUGAUGGUGGUGGUGGUGAUAGUGCUGAUUUAACCGUUCUAGCCGAAAAGGGAAAGGUGGCUUGUAGGGAUUAUCCUCACUCAAGGCAUUUGUGUUUGAAAUACCCAUUUGACCAAACCUCUCAUGAAAGCUAUUGUGAAUUGUGCUAUUGUUAUGUUUGUGAUAAACCUGCACCAUGUUCAUCUUGGACUGAGCCAAAACCAGCACAUUGUCAUGCAUCAGAGCAAGAAGAAUGGAAGUUUCAAAGAAGAGUGAGGAAGAUGCAACCUCAAGAUUUCAGUGAAGAAGAAGAUUAUUAAAAAUAGAACUAAUGAAAAGGAGUGAUCAAGUCAUUUUGGCAUAUUUUUUUUUUUGGCAUUAUUAGCUACAUAUAUAUGAAAGAAAAAGAGUGUUUGGUUGUUUCAUUUUGGCUAAAUGAAAGCAUAUGAGAACAUUUGAUUUCUGAUAUCUAAUGGUAUUAAAAGUAGUUCGGUUAUUA